AUGCCGCCUACCAGAAGAUCCUCCCGUCGUGACAACGACGAUCCCCGUCGAAAUAGCCAAAAUCAGCCUAUAGAUGAAGUGGAAUUCCAAAACGUUUUCCUAUUCCUCUUCGGCGUCUAUGCCUUUGCGGCUGUCCUCAGCCGCAAUGCAGUCCCGAGAGCUGCCAAUUCUGACGUAAAUAUUUCGGUAUAUCGCUCUCGCGCCAAUAACAGAGUAGAUCGAACCGCUAGACCGGCUGCUAGAGCAAUCCCCCCCGCUCCAGCUGUUAGAGCAGGUCCCUUAGCUCCUGCUGCCAGAGCAGGUCCCUUAGCUCCUGCUGCCAGAGCAAUCCCCCCCGCUCCAGCUGUUAGAGCAGGUCCCUUAGCUCCUGCUGCCAGAGCAGGUCCCUUAGCUCCUGCUGCCAGAGCAGGUCCCUUAGCUCCUGCUGCCAGAGCAGGUCCCUUAGCUCCUGCUGCCAGAGCAGGUCCCUUAGCUCCUGCUGCCAGAGCAGGUCCCUUAGCUCCUGCUGCCAGAGCAGCCCCCUCCACCGCACCUGUCAGGGCAGUCCCCCCCGCCCUACCCGCCAGAGCAGGUCCCUUAGCUCCUGCUGCCAGAGCAGGUCCCUUAGCUCCUGCUGCCAGAGCAGCCCCCUCCACCGCACCUGUCAGGGCAGUCCCCCCCGCCCUACCCGCCAGAGCAGCGGCCCCAAACCAGCCGCGACCCCUCCCCCAAAUUCCACAAAAUCCUGCUCCCAGAGAUCGCGACGCCGCCCAUCACCAGAGGCAGAACUACGACCCCAACGAGAUCAUCCACGAGCUGGGAGGGUUCAACCGCGGGACCUUAGACCAUGCCGAAGAGGUCCGAAGCCGCGGAGUAGCGCAGGGCUCGCUUACCCUCAUGCAUGAUGUACUCUGCGCGCUGCAUGGCAUUCCCAACGAUAUGAACGAGAUCCACAAUCGCGAGAUUGUCGAGGUUGGGGAUCACGAAGAGAAUGCGGUUGCACUGGUUCCGCAAGGGCAGAGAGCUCGCCCGGGCGUGGCCCCUCAUGGUGCUGUUGGUGGGGCGGGAGAGAAUUGGUUUCAGGUCGAUGAGCCUGGUUGUUAUCCUGCUCAUAUGGAUAGGAUGGGUCCCCAAUUCGCACCUUUCCGUCAGGGAUUAGGGCCUGCGCCCCCUCGACAGGCCCGGCCUCCAGCUCCCGGUCAGCCGCUCGGUAAUGGUAUCUUAGAUGUAGUCGUUAUGAAUGCGGACGGUGAAUCGGAUCCCAAUUUUGCCGGCGUAAACGCUGGUCGGAUUAUACCUGCGGAUGACAACGGUCCGAAUCUUGCGCCAUAUGAGAUUGGUGAUUAUAGUGAAAUAAUUUUUACGGAUGGAGAAGAAGAAGACGAGGAUUGGGAUUCCGUCAUCAUCACUGGGAACGUGAAUGAGAUCAUCGAGAUCUCAGAUGAUGAAGGGGCUCCAGUUGCAAACAACAACACCCAAGGUGUCCGCGGUAGGGAAGUUGCCCCGCCACGCAGCACCAAAAGAAACCGAAGUAGCUCAGGAUCUCCAUCUUCCAGAGCCACCAAGAGGUCUCGCAUCGACAACUCACCCCCACCUCCAAGACGUGGCGGAUCCCGUCGUCCAUCCCCGCGAAACCGCUCUCCACGUGCUGGUGCUGCGCCUGCUCCAAGGGCUCCGUCUGGCCUUCCCUCGCCUCCCGAGAGCCAGGCCCUCACGCGCCGCCAGGGAGCCCAAGCCGGUCUUCCCGAGAAUGCGGUGGCUCGGCCCUAUGCACGCCCCGCCCGUUUCAUGAACUAUGUCCCAGAGGAUGUGGGCAAUGUCCGUGAUUCUUUUGACCCGCUGUAUGGGCCCGUGAGGGACUUUAAUACUAUGACGGACCUGGAGAAGACAUACCUUGCACUCGAUUACUGCUCGGGGACGCAUUCGAGAUACGGUCCCAUGACGGAGAUUAACUAUCGGCUUGGUCUUUCGAGGGAUAUGUCGUACUGCUUUUCGCUGCAGGUUGUUGCGUACCGGAAUGGGGAUGUGGAGACUUGUAAGAACGCGGUUGAGUUUUUCAAGUGCCAUCCGCUCCAUAUGGCGGGAUCGACGAAGAUGUCCCAUUGCAUUGCGACCUCCCAACUGCCACGAAAACCCCCGCGCGUGUACUCCGACGAGGAACUCCGCAAAUGCUGCAGAACGAUCCGGGAAGAGCGCGAGCUCAUCCGCGAGCCCUCCACCCCCGGCUACGCCGGCAGCGAAUACCCGCGCCCCCACAGCGUGCUCAGAUAUAAGGUUACCAAAUACUCCCAAAUGGACAAGUGGGAGUUCCAGCUCUGGAACGCCGAGGCUGCGGGGCCAACAAUCUUUUCGCUCCGCUCAGCGUACAAGGCUGCCACCUACGGUGACUGCUUGUUGACGGCGAGGCUCUCGUAUGAGGGGAAGGAAAUUGCCCAGUGCUCUAUGUCGGCGCUGGAGGAUAGACAGCGUGGUUUUGUGCAUGAGGAUGGUGUGGCAAUGAGUCCGCAUUCGUAUGGGAGCCUGAUGAGUAUUGGUCGGGAUCUUCCGAAGUAG